AUUUAAUCGAUUUAUGUUUUGGUUUCAGAAUCGGGUUUUCUGCGCAAAAUUUCGUGCCAAUGUAUUUUAAAAUUUUACUGCUCUAUCUUUAAAAUAUGUGAAAUAAUUUUAUACGAUUGCUAAAUUAUUCUUGUUUUUUAAUUCAUUAAAAUGGCUGAUGUUGAAGAUUUUGCGGGUACAUGGAAGAUUGUUAAGUGUUCAGCUGUUCCUUUUGCCUAUGAACCGACUGGAAUUGAAGGUGCUGAAUUCACACUGGAUGAGAGUGGUGACGUUAGUUGGAACAUUCCAGAAAAUACUGUUCAAAUGCCUUUCUUCAACUGUGAAACAUAUGAGAUUUAUUCCAGUGAUCCUUAUUACUUAAGGUUUUUUGGAACUUUUGUGGGUCAUGUCAUGGAAUUUCAGGUUGACCGGCUAAGAGAUGACUACAUUCAACUGACAUAUGAAGGCUGGUGUGUUUUACAAUGCGAAAGGGUGUUAACUACGAACUCAAAAGAGGGCCAGUCGAUACCCUAUUCAUUUUUGUGUGCCUUAACUGAAGGAUUCUUAUCUGAUCUUUCCAUACAUGCGGACAACGGGACUGAGUUCAAAGUUCACAAGACUAUUCUCGGUUUGGCCAAUCCUGAGAUUGAUUGGAAUUCCGUUCCUAGCCCUCUCUCCGAUCUCCCUGAAGAGGUUCUCUUCACAGUGCUUCACUACUUGUACGCGGAAUGCCUUCCCUCACCCCUUAAAGACGAAACUGCCAGGAACUGCCUUCUGGCAACUGCAGAUAUUCCCGGUUUUGAGGACUUUAAAAAGUUAUGUCAACUUUACCUUAAGAACAAUGCUCUAUUAGAUCAAAUUUUAAAUUUAGUCGAAGAAAUUCACGCCAUUGGUGAUCUCAUCAUUGACUAUUUCAAUGGUCAAACUGGUGCUAUUUCGAGUUCAUCUUCCUCCAGUGAAUCUGAAAGUGAAGUUAAUUUCGCCAACAACCCCUCCAAGUUACGCUACGUCAUCAUUCAGGCUCUUAGAGAAAGUGCCGUGGUGGGUGCAAAAGUUCUCGUUCUUUGUAAUGUGUUCUCAAAUAGAAAGAAUGAGCUAUGUAGUGCCGAACGUCACGAACUUAUUGAGUACUUAAAAUCUAGGUUACCCGAUUUCAUGAAACAAUUGUAUAAAUUUUUAGAUGUGAUAAAACUCUGUUUGGGCAGCUUGUCUCCUCUUGAGCGCAUGGAUAUCGCUGCUUAUUUCGUUUCAGAUAUCGAGCGUGCCCUGGAUGUGGUGUUCGAAUUCGCAACCGACAUAAAGAGAGCCCUCGAGAGAAUUAUUCACACCUCGUCGCUCAAGAAGGAGAAGAACACCCAGGGUGAAAGACUGAAAGAAAACGUCGGUCAAGCCUUGGGACGCUCCUUAAAAAACGCCUUGCACAUGAGAGAGCUUAUGAAAUUGAGAAGUUUUCAUGAACGUGUUUUGGCUAGCUUCAUGAAUCUAAUGCACAAGAAAGAGAUAUUCAGCAAUAUGAACUCGGUCAACAAAAACCGUUCUGUUUCCAAAAAUUUAGAACAAUUUAUUGAAGAGCUCCCUAUGUUUAUGUUAAGAACUAAAGAACUUACCGCUGCCUUAGAAGAGAAAUUAACAUUUAAGGAAUGGAAAUAUUGGUUCAAAUUAGGAACUUCAAAAGUGGCGUGGGUGCUGAGCAGGCUGUCGUGUCACAGAGACAUCCUAGAUCCCAUCAUCAGCAGGAUAGACAGUCUCGUGAAUCGAGAUUCAUUUAGUCAGAGUCUAGUGCAACUAGGUCUCCUCGAUGCUCUCUCAUCAUCUUCCGAAUCAUCAUCAUCUCACAUCGCAUCCCAUCAUCAACCAGAGUGCCGGGAAGUGAAGUCUUUCCACGAGUCUCCUCCUGCUUCUGAGAGCAAGCUAGCACUUAAUGCGGUUUCUAUACUGAAGAAGGGUCUCAACACAGACAUGAGUUUCGAGAUAAUCUUUAACUUCGAUUCUGAGAGGCAAGAUUCGAGAGAAAUCAAAGCUCACUGCAUUGUCAUAGCGUCUCGGUGUGAUUGGUUUAAGAAGGCUCUUCUAAGUGGUAUGAAAGAAUCCAUAGACAAAAAAAUCAUUGUUCAUGACACAACCCCAGAGCUUUUUAUGAUUUUCCUAGAAUAUGUGUACGGAGGACAGGUGGAUACUGGACAACUGAACACCGAACAGCUGGCAGAUCUCAUGCAGCUAUCUGAUAGGUAUGAGGUGGACUGCCUGAAACAGAUAUCGGAGGAAGCCUUGAAAAACCUCGUAGACGAAGAUUCUGCUCUGUUUCUUCUUGGCAUCGCCGAUCAAUUCAAUGCCAGAUCUCUUAGGACAGCUACUUUGGAAUUCAUAGCCAUGCAUAAAGAUUUAGCCAAAAGUGAAGUUUUCUAUGAUUUGCCUGAUGAACUACAGUCAGAAGUAGAAGAAAUGAUUACUUGGGUUGAUUUAAGGAAUUCCCAACGAAGUGAAGACGGUCCUCAACUAUUCAAUGCCGACAGUCCGAGCUCAAUGUCCUCCAGCCUGUUGGACAUAGAAGAACUAUUUUCGGCCAAUAACCUUUCAGCUAAUGAGGAAGGUGGCGCUUCGGACUCCAGCUCCCUGGAAGAAUUGACCCAUGAUUCUGCACUCCUAGAGGCAUGUGUAGCUCAAUUGCGUGAUAUAGUGGGAGAGUCUGUACCUAGGGAAGAGCUGGUGAGGGUAGGACUAGCAGCUGACUAUGACGUGAACAGGGCUCUCAACUUCUAUUUUUCCCGCUUCUCCUGAAUAUUGUGAUAUUUGACAAACAUUUUUCAAGAUAUUUUUAUCAGUUUGUAUCAACAAGAUCUCUAUAUCUUAUGACGACGUUCAUAGUAUACUUAAUCCAGACCUUAUGAAGCGAAUCAUUUGGAUUUCAAUUCUUUGUAUUAUCGCCGCGUAGCAAUUCGCUCAUCCAGACAUGUCAUUAAGUAAGUUCAUCGAUAGAUGGCGCCCUAAUGGCGUGAUUUGUGCAAAACUUUGAAAGUGCUAUUUUCACUGCAUACAAAAAAAUUGUGUCUGCGAAUUCGGAGAUGAAAUUGAUAACCUGAUAGGCGAGUUUUCGCAAACAUUUCGCCAAUCAAGUUUUCAUUCAUCUUUGUGAGUUUUUCACAUGCAGUGAAAUCAGUUUCUAGUCUGUUUUAAUCUCAGCAGUUAAAUCUCAGUUUUUACUUAAUCCGUGACGUUAUAACAGAAAACAGAGAACUCAGCUUUUCCUAGAAAUGAACUUAUUAUUUUUGCGUUAUUCUCCGCUAUUUUAGAUAUCGCCAGAGCCCGAGAAUCAGCCAGUUAAUCAAAAUGUAUUAAUUUAAUAAGAAUUGUUACCUUUCAGUUUUUUUUUAAUUAAUCAUUUACGGUUUUAGUUAGAUCAAAAUUAUUUAUUAUAAAAAAUGUCUGAAAAAAUAUGGUAAUGGAUGGUUGAUUGAAUGUAAACAUGUGUGAAAUAUUUUUAUAAAAAUUACAUUUGAUUAAAUCAUAUUCGAACCCCA